AUCUACUCCUGCUWCAAAUGGUCAACCUUURGGGGAAGAUAAAAGUGGCAAAAAACAAGAAAAUAUGAGGAAUAGCCCUUGAUGUUUGUCAAAUUGGUUGUUAAGCGCCGGAUUAAGCUGUUGUAAUUCCACUUCAUCCAGAAAAAUCACGGCAUAAUCCUUUUAAAAGAUGAAAAAUGGAGUCAAAUUCUAUGCCGAAGUCCAAGAAAGCGCGCGAGCGAUGGAAGUUCCUUGCCAACGUUCUAGCAAAAAAUAACAACGAAAAUGACGUUCUUAAAAACCGUGUUUCAGUCAGGAGAUUUCCAGGGUUUGGCUUCUUCAAGGCUGUUGAAAAAAAAGACUGCUAUUCAAGCGAAUCUGACUUUCAGACCUUUGAAUAUAUGAGCAACGUGAGCAUUUUAUCGUGUCCUCGAGUGGAAAUCACCGUCAGAAAAAAGAAUGCUAAUCUUCAAAUAGAUGAACUGUUAGGUUUUGACAACACUGGAAACAUAUGUAUUUGGCCUUCAGAAGAAGUGCUUGCAUAUUACAUGUUGAAGCACAUGWCAGAGUAUGAGGGACUMAAUGUSUGUGAGCUUGGKGCUGGUAUGACUGGAUUAGCUGGUAUUUUGCUAGCUGCAAGUUGCAAUGUCUCCGAAGUCUAUUUAACUGAUGGAAAUCAACAGUCUGUKACAAAUAUCAAGAAAAUCAUCAAAAAUAAUUACUUUAACCAUACCAAGGUCCAUGCUAGUAAACUUAUUUGGGAUGAGAGCUAUAGCCCUGAUCAGGAACUAUCAAACAAGUUUGAUGUGAUUGUUGCCUCUGACUGCUUGUUUUAUGUGAAAAGCCACAAAGGAUUGUUACACACUAUUGAUAAACUCCUAACUCCAGAGGGUGAGGCAAUAUUAAUGGCUCCUCGUAGAUCUGGCACCCUGCAACAGUUCUGCAACACUGCAAUGARAUACUUUGAUGUCCAUGUGACUUCAGAGUAUGAUGAGCUUGUUUCUUUGAAAGUUAAAGAGGCUGUUAUUUUAGGUGAUAUGUUUGAAGAAGACAUUCAUUUUCCAGUAAUGGUGAAGCUUCACAGAAAGUCCUUGAACAAUGAAGUAAACAAAAUAGAAAUACAGCAUUUACAAGAUGGAAAUYAAGAGUUUUAUUAAUUUAUUAAUGGCUUAUUAUACCUAGUAGCAAAGUAUUGUAUUUUUGAUAUAAAUAUAGUAUAGAUAUAAUGGCUUUUGGAAUAUUUAGUAACACUGCUGCUAUGAUGACAAAGUAGUAGUGAGUCAUUUGUUAUGUAUGAUUAUAAACAUAAUAUUUCAAUAAUGAUAAAAUAUAUAUUGGAAUAUUGUUCCAUCUUGAACCAUGCUAUAAUUUAUUGAAGGCAUUGAACCUGGUAUCAUUCAAGAUAAAACAUUUUCCAUUAUCAAAGAUAAUUGAAAUAACUGUAUAAAAUUUCAUAUAAGUAUAGUUUUUCAAGAAUAUAAAAAACAUAUCAAACAUAUUGAAAGYUUUUUUUUCUUGCCUCAACUUAUAUUGUGAUGCUAGAUUUUUUUUACAUUAUUUUUAUUUGCAAACAAUAAACAAAACAAAUGUUAUAUU